AAUUUCCGCAUUUUUAUAUUAUUUACUUACUAAAUUACAUCAUUGAUUUUCAGUCUGAAUUUUUAAUUUUUUUUUAUUGCCAUUGUAGGCAGACAAGCAUACGGCCCACCCGAGGGUGGGUGGUUACCGUCGCCCAUGGACUUUAGCAAUCUCAGGGGCAGAGCCAAGCCGCUGCCUACAAAUUAUACUUAAAAUCACUUUCAACAAAGUUUCAAAAACACUUUCUAAACUAUAAAAUAUUCAAAUCAAGGAGCAUCCAACUAACGCCAUGAGUAUUUCUAAGUAUUUUUGCUAAAAGCUGUAAUUUACAAGAAUUGAGUAGAUAUAAAAAAUCACAUGCAUUAUUGAAAAAAUACCUCAUUGAAUUGAUAAUAGCGAAAAAAUUUAAAAGUUCAAAUGAACUCAAUGAGAUCGUGCAACGCGUUAAACAGGAGAGAAUUCAGCUCUCAAAAGCUAAAAAGGGAAAGAUCAGAAAGAACUCUGUGCAGGGCGCAGAAAUAUCCUCGACCAGCAAUAGCUCUCCACCAAUCUCUUCAACACCGAAACUCUUAAAACGAAGUCCGAAUCGCAAAGCGGUAAUGACUUACAGCAGGGAACAUAAUUCAAUAGACCGCUUCAAAUCCUCACCUUCUAUAAAGACCUUUCAAAGUGACCGAGUGCUACGCAGCUUCAGUAGACCGAAUUACAGGAUUUUCAACAUGAACAACACAGUAAUAGGCAUAAUUAAAGGUGAAAAUGCUAAAGCAACAAGGAUCAAUAUUGUCAGUCAAGAUGGUAGACAUCCAAAGUUCAAUCUUACAGCUGUAUUGAAAAGCACCUCUGAUCCAAGUAUGGAUUCCAAUAGUCAGAUGAUGCCGUUUUAUUCUAAUAUGAGAUCACUGCAACCAGGAAAAAUGAAAAGAGCCAACAGUAUUUCGGUUCUUAGCGGUCAGAGAACACCUCUAUCGCCCACUGUCAAUAUCACGAGCAGAGAUGGUAAAAUGUCAAGAUUAAAUGCACUAGUUCAAAAGUCAUUAACCCAAAAAAGCGAGAAAGGAUAUAGAUACACAGAAAUGUCAUUGGUAAAACGUAGUGAUAACAUGAAAAUCGAACAAUUAUCAUUGAACUGUGAUGAGGUACAGACAGCAGAGAAUUUUUAUGAUAUCGAUGCACUAUUGGAAAAUUCGGCAAGUCAAAGUGAACUUACAAAUAUCGAGUACUAUCAGAAAAUUACAACAGAAUCAAAUGAUAAUUUCUGUACUGAAAUGCACAAAGGCUUGCCUCGGAUCACAGAAGUGUUCAGCAAAUUCAAUAGUGAUCAGCAGAAGAAUUUGAUGCAGCCUAUUUACGUGCAAGUCAGUGAGGAUUCGGAAAGAACCACAUCACCGACUUACACAUCCGUAGUGAGUCAAUCGGGCAUAUCUUUAUUGGAGAAUCUAUACAAUUUCAAGAACCAAUUCAUAACGAAUCAUCCCCUGAACCCAGUCCAUAGUGUAACAGCUAAAACACAAUGCGUGUUCAGUACACCUACAAUAACAACGCCCUCACAGCACCCCACUAUCGCUGGCUACAAAGAGUUUAGCGCUUCUUACGAUCGAGAUAAUGCAUACCAGAAUAUAUUGGAGCCGAGAAUGCAAGAGAGGGACAACGCAACUUCAUUCGCUGGAACGAAUUUUGAUUGUAAUGAGGUUCUUAGUUCGUCUGCGUCGUCUAUUGAAACGCUAAGCUGUCAGGACAUCGGAGCCAAUGCUUCUAUACCCGAAAUGGUUGAGGACGCAUUGGAGCUCAUCAGUCAGGACGGGGAUUACAUGGAGAGGAUUGGUAUGAAUGACAAGAUGUUUUGCAUGCUCUGCUCGUGGGCCGGACCCAAGUUCAUGCUGGAGCAUCACAUUGAGAAGGAGCACUCGUCGGAGAUCCACAAGCGCGACAGCGGCGAGUGGAACGUGACAUUCACGCUGGGCGGCGUGGCGCGGCGGCGCGCGUGGUCGUGCCGCGUCGUGCGACACCGCGCCGCGCUCUACGUCCUCAGCGCGCGCUACCGGGACCCGGACUGCUUCAUGGCGACCCUGCACACUCUGUCGACGGACGAGACCGCGACGAAGAUUGCUAGAAUGACAAUAUACAACAAGGUGACAGGGGAGCCCUACUCCUGGGAGGGCGCAGUCCCGCAGCUGGGUGAGGGAAUGCCUUACGUUAACGAUACGACCUGCCUAAAGCUUUCGCUCGCCGAAAUGAACUUGUUCCCAAACAGCGCGAACUUGCGACUCAUCAACCGCGAGCUUGUGGUCAAGUCUCCCGCCAAGGUGGUCGUCGGGCAACCGGAGCUAAACGACAUCCACAUUAUAGUGUUCGUCAAAAUCAUGCCAUAGUUCGUUUUGUUGUCGGCGAUUAAUUAGUUGCCCGGUGUUGCCAGGUUACUGAAAAGUGAAGUAAAAGUUUGAGUUUCUAAUGGUAUACGACACUAGUGUUUUUGUCGAGUUCAGAAUUGGCCGGUCUAAUUUUGAACAGUCGACGAUUUUGAUACAACUAUAAUUGAACCUUUUGUACUUAAAUUGAAAGAAAAUGAAUGUACACGAAGUAUCAAUUUUUUUCUCUUCAUUAUAAUAAAUAAGUAGAUUAACAUGUUAAAUAUAUGUAUCAAAGAACUACAAGUAUAUUUUGCUGUGACUACAUGCUCUUUUUUGUAUGUAAAUAUUAGUAGUUAUUAAAAAAUUCAUUUAGAGAAACUUAAGUUAACGGACUUAAAGUUAUCCUUUCAUUGGUCAUUGCGAUUAAUAUAAGAUAUCAAAAAAAAUAUGUGACCCAUUUUUUUUGUCAUUACCAAAAUGUCUCGAUCUCUCGGAAGACUGAAUCGACAGAAUUAUGGAAGAAUUUACUCAGCAUUUACUAAUCUAGUUUUUAAAAAAAACAGUGAUUUUUAAGGUGGAUGUAACCCCAGUCGAUUCGGGGUUAAAACCCGUCUUAUAAAUUGUUUUGUUAAGCAUAGGGUAAGUUUACAUAAUUUGGUUUCCUUCGAGUGGUUUCCUUCCUAACUCGAUGCGGUUUUUUUCAUUUUUGUAAUUGACGUUUUUUUUUUGAUGCGUGUUAAAUUUUAUGUCAACUAAAAAGUUUCAAAUUUUCAGUUAUGUGAAAUUAGCGAUAUUUUACUUGUUAUUUUUUUUUGUUAGCAACUAUUUAGUUGCUGGGUUUAUUUGAUUUUUUAUUAAAGUUAACCUUUCGUUUUUGUGUCAGACCAAUAUCUUUAUUAUAUUAAGACGAAUAAAUCCCAGUUUUUGUUUAUUAAUCUUAAUAAAACCAACUAUUUAGUUACUUUGUACUACAACGUUUUUUUAUAUUAGUUUUUUUUUUGUUACUAAGGUAAGUGUAGUAAAACUGCUAUUAUUUUUUCAACUACUUUUUUGGUCUACAUUAUAUUAUUAUUUUUGAGGGUUUUUAUGAUAUCAAUAAUUAAGCAGACAACAUUACUCGAAUCUGAUUAUGAUACUGUUUUUUUUUUCUUUCGAAUGUAAGCCUUUUUAAUUAUGUAUUAUUAAGGUACAGAAAUUUAAUUAUAGUUUCGAAAUGUUAUAGUUUUAGUUUGAUGUUGAUUUUCUAAAAGAUUUUUAUGAAUCCAAAGAUCGAAAUUAAGUGAACUCAGUUAUUAUUUUUAGAAGUUUGUUUUUUUGUUAAGUCCUAAAUGUUGACUUUUUUUAGUUUUGCAAAUUUCUUAGUUAAUAUUAUGAGAUUUUUUUAGUACGUACCGAUGUAACGCGUGUGCGGCUAUUGACCCCAGAGUUUUGUGCGCUGUACAUUGCGGGCUUGAAAUUUAAAUUACUACUAGAGCAAAUGGCAUUUUUGUGACUGGGGAUCUAUAUCAUUAUACUUAUAGAUGACUUUAUUAAAUUAAAUUUCAAUCAUAGUUUUUUUUUAAUAGUAAACAAAGUUUUUGCUGCCAUCUUGAAUUUGCAAAUAAACACAUUUCAAACAUGUAAGCUGUAACAUUUUCCGCGCUUACCUUCAUUCAUAUUUGUCUUUCCUAGAUUAUUUUUACAAAUCAAAGAUUAGAUUCAAAUUAUACAUGUAAUGGUUUUUGGGUAAAUUAUUAUCAUAAAAUAAUGAAACUUCAAUCAUGUUCAAUUUAAUGUAUUUAUACACAGUAAUGUACAAUUCAGUAUAGGUUUUCAUUGAAGGCGUAAUUAAUUUUGGUCCCCAAAUUUGCGGUCUCGAUCGAAUCUAUUGCCCAAGCCCACUCGGUCAGCUGGUGAAUCUGCCAAAUACAUCGCGUUAAGAACUUUACUGUAAUAAUACACCCUUUUACGUAUUGGCUUAGAGUUGAUUAUCGUGUGUUCCUUAGAUUAUGUAAAUGUUGUUGAUUAAAGUAACAUUUUCUGGUGCACAUUUAGAAGAAAUUACGUUAAAUACUUUUAAGUGAAGACUAUCCUGUGAUUGUUUAAUAAAAAAUUGAAUCAGA